GGCUCGAGAGGCCAUGGCGGCGGGCGUCCGGGCGCUCCGGCUCUGUCGGGUGGUCCCCGGCGGCGGGGCGGGCUGCAGAUGCAUAGCCACAUCACCAGCUGCUCAGCUGUCGCCCCUUGAACUGACAGCCAUGCGGAAUGAGCUCUUCAAUAAAGAGAAAAGAAGGCAGCUGUCGCUCACUCCCCGGACAGAAAAGAUUGAGGUGAAGCAUGUUGGGAAAACCGACCCUGGCGCUGUCUUUGUGAUGAAUAAAAACAUUUCCACGCCUUAUAGCUGUGCCAUGCAUUUAAGUGAGUGGUACUGCAAGAAGUCCAUCUUGGCCCUUGUGGAUGGACAGCCGUGGGGCAUGUAUAAGCCUUUGACCAAGUCUUGUGAAAUAGAAUUUCUUACUUUCAAAGACCGCGACCCAGGAGAGGUGAAUAAGGCCUAUUGGCGGUCCUGUGCCAUGAUGAUGGGCUGUGUGAUUGAAAGGGCAUUCAAAGAUGAGUUCACGGUCACUUUGGUGAGAGCUCCGGAGGUUCCUGUGAUUGCUGGAGCCUUCUGCUAUGAUGUCGUUUUGGAUGAGAGGCUUGAUGAGUGGGUGCCAACCAAAGAGAACCUACGUUCCUUUACCAAAGAUGUUCAUGCUUUAAUUUAUAAAGAUCUUCCUUUUGAAACUCUAGAAGUUGAAGCAAAAGUUGCAUUGGAAAUAUUUCAACAUAACAAGUACAAAAUCAAUUUCAUUGAAGAGAAGUCAUCUCAGAAUGCUGAGAGGAAAGUCAAGCUACAUAGGAUAGGUGACUUCAUUGAUGUGAGUGAGGGUCCUCUCAUUCCAAGGACAAGUGUGUGUUCCCAGUACGAAGUGUCAGCCGUUCACAGUCUGCAGCCCGCCCAGCCGAAUCACGUGCGAAGAUUCCAGGGUCUCUCUUUACCCAUUCACUUAAGAGCACAGUUUACAAUAUGGGAUAAGUUAUUGGAAAGAUCUCGGAAAUUGGUAACUGAAGAUCAGUCUAAACGGACAGAGGAAAACGUGACUACCCAAUAACUUGUUAAAGUUUAAAUAUGUACAGUAUAUGAAAAUAAAAGUUUUUACUAUAAUAUUUGUGUAUGCUUAUAAAGAUUACCUUCUUUUCUCUUGAGGCAUUGAUAGUGGUCU